GUCAGAAAGGUGAUUACAUCUAACUAUAAAAAUAUCCUGGAUGAAAUGCAGAUUUCGUUAGCAAAAGAAACAUUAUCUAAGUGCAUCGGAGAUGUUGAUACUAUUCAAGCGAAAAUCUCACCAAAGAAUGGAAAACGCAGGCAAAGAAUGACCCAUUUCUUACAGUUCAUUCUUCAGGAAGACCACAACGUAAUUCAGUUUGAGACAAUGUUAAGAAAUCAUGGAUUAGAAUACUUGCUGAAAAAAAAUGAAAAUGUACGGGGAGAGCAUAUAACCAUCCAGGACAUAGAGAUUGUUAUUGCUAAGGAUCAGGUGCCUUCAUCAGAGGGAGUCCUGUUUGAGUCCCUCCUCACCCUGUCUCCCAAUGGUAAGUCCUAG